AUGGCUCUACAGGAGUCCAUUAAAGCUUCGGUGUUAGGAAAGCGCGCCCGCUCGCCGCUGCUUAUAUUCUCCGAUGUGUUGAAAUCCUCGUGCCAAUUUGAGCGGCAGCGAAUAACGUCGACCGCCGAACAAGCAACCGAAGAGGAGGCAAGGCAGCUUCAGAGCAGUGCACGCCCUCUUAAGCUGACACUUGACCUCUCGGCACUUGACCCAGUCGCGGUCGAUUGGGGUGGUGAUAUCCUCUCUGAAACAGCCGAAGGCGAAAAAGUUAUCCAGCCUAGCUUGUCAACCCAUGUUCUUGUUCAUAAGAUUGCAAAUUAUUACAUGGUCGACGAACUCAAGAAGCUUGCCUUAUUAAAGUUUACCGCGGAGGUAAAACAAGCAGUUCAGCCGGAGGAUUUUGUUGCUGCUACCGAAGAAGCAUAUCGUGACAUGCAUGAGUGUUUCGACGCAUUGCGCAAAGAGGUCAUUUAUGCAGUCCAUCGCCACCGAAAACAGCUGCUCCCAGACGCUGGGGUCCAAGAUUUGUUGUCUUGCAAUGGGGUUAUAGGCUACGAUAGCCUCUGUUAUUUCGCAGAGAGAUUCUAA